AUGGCUGAUGUAACGAAGAUCGAUAUCGGAACACUGGCUGCCCUCGUUGAACAUAAGUCUCAAAUUUUGAAGAAGCUCAAGCUCGUUCUCAAACACUUCAGGGGCGCGCAGGAUGAGGAUAGCAUUUAUUUUUCACACGAACGGCUAAGGGAGCAUAACAUACAUGUGUCGACAAUGGAUAUAGAGGAUGGAGGCCGGUUUUUCAAGCCUGUCCCGUUGUCGGAAUUCAAGGCCUGGAUCUAUGAGGAAAAAAAUGACUAUGACUUUAACUGGAGCUCUGACAAAAAUAGCUUGAGCGAUGCUGAUGGCAUUUACUAUACAGCCUGGGGUAUUAUUGAUUCAGUGAUCCCAGAACAUGCUCAGACAGAAGACAGAACCCUUUUCAUCCAGUAUACCCCCUGGAAUAAAUUGACGUGA